GCGGAUCUUCGAGAUUCACACAUUUCCUACAUGUCUACGCAUCCUCACCAAAAAACGUCAAAGAAUCCAAACCCACAGCAUGCUACGCUGCUUAGUCUACCCUACACCUAUUCAGCAUUCGCUAGCUGAGUGGAAAUUCGGAGAUCUCGAAGGAAGCAGGAUUUACGGAUGGAGCUUAUGGUGUCCUCAUCGCCUAUCAUCCCCUGCCAUUACCCCAUGAAAAGCGUCGCAUCCCUGGUGGCCUUGAACAUCAUCUAUCCUAUGUUCUGUCGACAUGUUGGAUCCAAUUGAAUCAUGAAGCGCGGCCACUCCAGCGGUGAGGUCUUACUGAUAGCUUGCGGCUCCUUUCCUUACAGCUCUCUUUGGUAUAUAAAUGCUCUCUUCUGCAUCGUUGCUAGAUCGACUCGGGCUCUUCUCCCGCAUCGCCAGGCAGCACAGGAAGCGAGACGAUCGUUGCGAUAGUCAUCGCGGCUUCACUUCUCUUGACCAUUAUUGGAGCCUUCCUCAAACUAGUCCAUCGAACGACCGAUGGAAGCCAGUCAGACGAGCCUCCGCAAUCGCAAUAUGACAACAGUGCGACCACAGCACCAGACUGCCCUUCUACAUCCCUAACUUCGCCUCCACCAGCGCACGUCAGAGGAAGCUCGCGUGCGUUACCAGAUGCUUCGUCGAUCUUUCUUCAAACAGGCGGGUCAUUGUCGCCUUUUGGAUUGAGCUUCAGCCUAGGAAUAACUAUGUGACGGCCCUGAGGUAAGUAUGGCAUGGGUCUCAUCGGGCAGGAAUCGAGAGAACCGAUGUCAACUGUGUCUAUACGCCGGGACACAUACUCCCUGGUUGCCCAUCCUGCAUCUUCUAUUUUGUGUACAUUCCCUAUUUUUCCGUGCUGUCAUAUAACAUUAUGGAGUUUGUAAAUCAGAUGCAUAGAUCGCAAU